AUGGAUCGGUCCUCUCCUGCCACCGAUCAGCUAUCGAAUUCAGCACUGCAGGCACUCCGAUCUCACGAAGAUUUGGCAGCUUUUGUGCACGACGUCGAAGCAGUACCCGAGAUUACCAAUGUCAUCCUUGCGCACCGAGACAUCACGAUCAUGGCUCCUGUGAAUUCCGCAUGGCUUCGCGUGGAUGCGACCAAACGCAGGAAUCCAGCGUUUUUGGCGUGGCACAUCAUGAACGCAAAUGUCCUCACAAGCGAUGUACCUCUGGUCCAGUACGAGCAGCACCCUGGCAUUACAAUCCCGACAUUCUUGAGUGGCAGCAAGAACUGGACCUAUUCUGGAGAACCAGCAUCUUUGAACAUCAGCUACGACCGGGGCAUAAUUCACAAGAUCGACCCGGCUUUGCAGUUUCCAACCAGCGCGUACGAGACGGCUUUCGCCGUGGGAUUGUACAGUUACUGUUGGGCUGUAUUCACGGCAGGCCUCGACCAGGAGAUCCGUCGCAUUCCAAACUCGACGUUUUUGCUGCCGAUCAACGAGGCAUUCCACGCGGCGCUCCCCUUCCUCCUCGGUGCGACUCGGGAGGAGUUCAAGCGAAUUGUCUACCGACACGUCAUUCCUGGACGAGUCCUUUGGUCGCACGAGUUCUCUAAUGCCUCGCAUGAGACGGUCGAGGGAAGCACAGUGCAAAUACGUGGAGGCAAUGGGCCGACGUGGUUCGUGGACGAUGCUAUGAUCUUGGACGGCUCUGAUAAGCCUCUGUACAAUGGACUGCUGGCGAUGCGCUGCAGCCCAAUCUUUGAUCUUGUCAAAGUUUCGACACUGGUGGACCUUCUCAAAUUCGGGCUGUGGUCGCAUCGUGAUCUCAUCCCAGCGAAUUGUGAUUGGGACAAGGUCACUAUGGCAGGUAAUGAUCUGCCGCAAGUAGUCUAUCGUCAUGUCAGUGCCGCUUGCGCAACGCGAGAACUGCGGCUUACCCAAACAAUGGUCUAA